CCAGUCGGGCUCCUAGUUCUCGCGAGAGAAAGCGCAGAGCCAGCCGGGAGGGAUGCGCUGCAGUCCGUGGUUUGCCCAAAAUGGCAGCCUUGGAGGAGGGAUUCACGUUGUCUGCGGUACCCUUGGGUGCCGGGCCUCACGGGCUCCUAGGCGUGGAGCAGAGCGACAAAACAGACCAGUUUCUAGUAACAGACGGCGGCAGGACCGUCAUCCUCUAUAAGGUUUCUGAUCAGAAACCCUUGGGAAGCUGGUCAGUGAAACAAGGUCAAGUUAUAACAUGUCCAGCUGUGUGCAACUUUCAAACUGGAGAGUACAUCGUUGUACAUGAUAAUAAGGUUUUGAGAAUAUGGAGUAAUGAAGAUGUAAACCUCGAUAAAGUAUUUAAAGCUACAUUGUCAGCUGACAUAUAUAGGAUACAUUCAAUACAAGGGACAGAACCCUUAGUGCUCUUCAAGGAAGGAGCUGUUUGUGGUUUAGAGGCCUUGCUUGCAGAGCCCCAACAGAAAAUUGAAACUGUUAUCUCUGAUGAAGAAGUGAUUAAGUGGACAAAGAUUUUCAUGGUAUAUAAGCAUCCUGUUGUAAUCUUUAUUACUGAAAAACAUGGAGAUUACUUUGCUUACAUACAAAUGUUUAACCCACGUACCUUAAGCAAAUACACGCUCGUACUUGGACAGGAAGAAAAAUCUGUUAUACAGAGUUUCAGUGCAUCUGUGGAUCGGAAAUUCAUCUCUUUGAUGUCAUUAAGUUCUGAUGGAUGUAUAUAUGAAAGCUUGAUACCAAUACAUCCACGUGAACCGGAAAAAAGUCAGAGGGUGGUUAGAUCACUGUUGCUCAAGACUGUGGUGUCUGGUAAUGCUCGAAAUGGUGUUGCACUCACCGUCCUGGAUCAAGAUCACGUAGCGGUUCUAGGACCACUGCUGCCAGCUUCCAAGGAAUGCCUCUCCGUAUGGAACACAAAAUUUCAAACGCUACAGACUUCUAGAGAGCUACCACAGGGGACCAGCGGUCAACUCUGGUAUUAUGGGGAAAAUUUAUUUAUGCUACAUGGAAAAUUUCUUACUGUGAUUCCAUACAAGUGUGAAGUAUCUUCCUUAGCAGGUGCUCUUGGAAAACUCAAGCAUAGUCAAGAUCCAGGCACUCAGACUGUGCCUCAUUUUGUAAACUGGGAAACAUCUCGGGGAUGUGAACUCGGAUCCCAGAACUCAGAGCAGUCGAAGAGAAUUUUAAGGAGAAGAAAAAUUGAAGUGAGUGUACAGCCUCCAGCAUCCAAACAACUUUUGUCAGCUAUAAAGAAAGAUUCAGAAAAACACAUUGAAGUAGAACUAUGUAAAUUUUUGGCUAUUAAGCGGACACCUGACUUUCAUACUAUUAUUGGGGACAUAGUAUUAGAACUCCUGGGAAGACAUAAAGCAGAACCAUCAUUUUAUCCCCGGAACUCUCUGAUGCAGCUUAUCCAAACACAUGUACUUUCUUACAGCUUGUGCCCUGGCUUGAUGGAGGCUGCCUUAGAAAAGGCAGAUGUGCAGAUGUUACAGCUCUGUCUACGACAGUUCCCUGACAUUCCUGAGUCAGUCACCUGUGCUUGCUUAAAAAUUUUCUUGAGCAUUAGUGAUGACAGUCUUCAAGAAGCAGAAAUCAAUAUGGAAUCAGUUUCUGACUAUAGUGGUUCUGUGCAAGAGGAGAAAAUGGAAGAGCAAACGGAAAUUCUUCACAAUGGCUUCAAUCCUGAAGAAGAAAACUGUGGUAACUGUGAUCGGGAGUUAAACGAAAAGCCUCAGGACACAGCAGAGGAGACCACUUUGUGCCCUGUGAUACCAAAGAGAGCAGCUCUGCUAAAUGCAAUUCUUCAUUCAGCUUACAGCGAAAUGUUUCUUCUGCCUCACUUGAAAGACAUCCCGGCACAACAUGUCACUCUAUUUCUCCAGUAUUUGUAUUUCCUUUAUCUGAAGUGUAGUGAAAAUGCUACUAUGACUCUUCCUGGGCUACACCCUCCAACCCUGAACCAGGUAAGGUAAUCGUUUCUUUAUUUUAUUUUUUUUACUUUUUUACUUUUUGUUUUAAU